GUUCUCGGUGCUCCCCCGGCCGCGCGCCAUGGGCAGCCCCCGCUCGGCGCUGAGCUGCCUGCUGUUGCACUUGCUGGUUCUCUGCCUCCAAGCCCAGGAAGGCGUGGUGGUGGUGGGGGCGCGGGGGGGGGGGGGUCCCGCGGCGCUGGGCAGGGAGCUUGCUUUCCUGACUGGCCGGGAGUCCCAGGGUGUUUCCCAACAGCAUGUGAGGGAGCAGAGCCUGGUGACGGAUCAGCUCAGCCGCCGCCUCAUCCGGACCUACCAGCUCUACAGCCGCACCAGCGGGAAGCACGUGCAGGUCCUGGCCAACAAGCGCAUCAACGCCAUGGCAGAAGACGGGGACCCCUUCGCAAAGCUCAUUGUGGAGACAGAUACCUUUGGGAGCCGUGUUCGAGUCCGAGGAGCUGAGACUGGCCUCUACAUCUGCAUGAAUAAGAAGGGGAAGCUGAUCGCCAAGAGCAACGGCAAGGGCAAGGACUGCGUGUUCACGGAGAUCGUGCUGGAGAACAACUACACGGCCCUGCAGAACGCCAAGUACGAAGGCUGGUACAUGGCCUUCACCCGCAAGGGCCGGCCCCGCAAGGGCUCCAAGACGCGGCAGCACCAGCGUGAGGUCCACUUCAUGAAGCGGCUGCCCCGCGGCCACCACACCACGGAGCAGAGCCUGCGCUUCGAGUUCCUCAACUACCCGCCCUUCACGCGCAGCCUGCGCGGCAGCCAGAGGACUUGGGCCCCGGAGCCCCGGUAG